UAUUUUCAACAUCUGGAACAUACAUAUUUUUUUACAUCUGGAAAAUUCCAAAAAUACAUAUUUUCACUUUUGUUUCAGCACUUAAAAUGCACUGAAUUUCAUCAUCCCCAAAAUACUUAUUUAACGGAUAGAAAAUACAUAUUUUCGACAACCGGAAAAUACGUUUUUCACCUUUCACUCAGCACCUAGAAUGCACCUGACUUCAACGUCUGAAAAAUACGUCAUUUUGCUUACUGGUGGUCUUGUCCCGCGCACUCACACCCUGUAGAAGAGGCUACUCGUCUCACUCGCAGAACCGGAGGCGCUGGUGGCUAUAUUAUUCUGCAGUAGCUGUCUCCGGAGAGCGAAUGAAGGAAGAAGAUUGGAACAAACAGGCAGCAUAGUAGCUAAAACUGCUGUGGACUCUUUCUCACCAAAAGAGGAACCAGACGGCAGGCACGCACGGACGCACAGGUCUAUCCUAACCGGACGAACCGACUAGUAAAUGGACAUAAUGUUUAAUCUAGCCACCGGCAGCAGAACGUGCAUAUACAGCAUCACCUUUCUGUCCGCGGUCGUGAUUUCCUCCUGCCACGCGCUCCGCCGCUGUGGGGACGUGCAGUGCGUUGAGGGCCAGCAGUGCUGUCCCCCUACCGUUACCGGCAACGGUAGCGCGAGUUCCAUGGUGCGCUGCUGCAAGCUCCCACUGCAUAUAUUCUUCGACAACGUGGGCUGGGUGACGCGCAAACUAUCGGGCAUCCUGAUCCUGCUGCUCCUUUUCGCAAUGGGCUACUUCAUCCAGCGGAUUAUCUGCCCGCGCCCGCGCCGACACCCCCACCCAGAACACCCCGAGGAGCCCUCUCUCUUCCACGGACACGCCACCGCGUCCCAGGACUCCCUACUGGACCGGUACCCCGAAUACAGUUUUGGGGACUUCACCUCGCCAGUGCUGCUACCCGCAUAUGAUGAGGUGAAGUACCUGCCGACCUACGAAGAGACCAUGCAGGAGGUGCGCAGAGACCAGUCGGAUGAUAAUUUACUGGUCCAAUCGGAGGAGCCUGCUGCGGACCGAGGGACGCGGGGAGGACCGAUACCCAGAGAAGAGGGACAGGACACUUCAGGACAGAACACACGCGCGUCACGGAAUUCUGUCUGACUAAAUGUGAUGGACUAUCCAAUUUAAGAAUUGUUAUUUUAUUAUUAACUAAAGGAGAGACUUACAGGCUAUAUUAUAACAAGUGCAAUUACAAUCUGUUGCAAUGAAUGUUGAAAAUAAUAUGAACUGGCAAUUUGGUCAAUGACGUGAGUUUUAUAUGAUUGGGUGGAUGAUUCCCCUUUUGUAUGCAAAUUAAGACUUGGUAUGAGAAACGGAGACAAUAAAAGAGAUAUGGCUGCUAUAAUUGGCGCACUUUUGUGUAUUGACAGGCAGCUAAUUUGGCCCCGGUACAAUCACAUUAAGUUUUGCUGAACGGUUCCAUUUCCAAAGGCACCGUGAGACAGUUGGCUUUCUCCUCCAUAUUUUCCUUUGUGAGAUGAACAGGCUGAGAAUGAGUUUGAGUCUGCUGGGCCUGAAAGACAUCUAUUCAUUCGUAUAUCUAUAUCCUAGAAAUCAUGUCAUAUAAUAGUAUUUGUCGUUUUUCCACACAUGUACAACUGUGUAUUAAUAUGCAUACGAGAAUUGGAAAUGUUUUUUUUUUCUUUUCUUCAUAUCACAACUCUCCCCAGGUCACAGGCUGGGUCUAUGAGAAUCACCUAGUGCAGUUUUCAGUAGCCUAGUGGGGAUUCAAAAGUAAUAGAAUAGUCACACCAUGAAAUGAAUACAAAUACUCUCCAGCACAUCUACAUAAACUAUGCCUGACAUUUUGUUACAUCAGCAAGUGCUUUUAUCCAAUGUAUCAGAGAGCUCAGCUCACACACACUGCAGCAUGAACACUAUCUCCUCCCUCCCUCCUCAAUGAGAGAUGAUGAUGAUCCUAAAUACUGAUCCAAGGUCUCGUUACUAUGUGAGUUAGCAGACCACCUCUGAUAGUUUAUCUUUGAUGUAGUGACCAUAGUUGAAUGACAAAUCAUUCACCAUCAUCAGCAUUAGAGCACUUGAAUACAGACAUGCCUUGCAUGGAAAAAGGCAGGAAGAUGAGUGAUAGACAAUACAGACAGUCAUAAAGACAGAAGUAUAGAAUAGACAGCAGUAAAUAAAGAGCUAAGCUGGCAGACAUAAAGCUGGAGCUGCAGACUGAGAUAGCCGGAAUAC